CAGACAAAUGGAGCUUUCGGUGGUCAUGGCCAAUCUUAAUCUCAAUUGAUUUCGACCGACCGACAGACCAACAUCUGGAUCCGGACCAAUUUUCUUCCCGGUUCUGGAUCUUUUUUCUUUUUUUGCUUCCGAAACCCGCCCCGUUUUCUCCUCCUCCCUUCUUUUACCUGCGGCUCUGGAGCUUAAUUAAGCCGGUCGUCGUCUAUCGAAUUGCUGGGGAAGAGAAACCCCAAAAAAAAAAAAAAAAAAAAGAUGUUCCUGAUCCAUCUUCAGCAGCGAAAUUCAAAUUAAGCACCAUGCUCUGAUACUCACUGGGUAGCAGCAGAAGGAGAGUAGAGAGAGAAAGACAGAGAACAAAAACAAAAGAAAAGAAAGAAAAUGACAUCAAGAGCUCCAAACGUCAAUGGCGAACGUCACGCAACGACGUCGUCUUCAAACUCCCACUCCAACCCUCGCCCUCCCUCUUCCCGCCAACGAAACCAACAACAACAACAACAACAACAACAACGACGACAAGCGUACGACUACACCUAUUACCCUCCCCAUUCCUCAUCUUCUUCAUCUUCCUCAGCUUCCUUCAAAGGCUGUUGUUGCUGUCUCUUCCUCCUCUUCUCCUUCAUCGCCCUCCUAAUCCUCGCCGUUGUCCUCGUCAUCAUCCUCGCUCUCAAACCCAAAAAGCCCCAAUUCGAUCUCCAGCAAGUCGGCGUCCAAUACAUGGGGAUUUCUUCCUCAACCUCUCCCACCGCCAUAACCACCACCGACCCGACGGCCACCGGUGUUUUUCCAUCUCCGCCGCCUCCUCCUCAAACGGCGUCGCUUUCGCUCACCAUUAGGAUGCUUUUCACGGCGGAGAAUCCGAACAAGGUCGGGAUCAAGUACGGCGAGUCCAGGUUCACGGUCAUGUACAGAGGGAUCCCAUUGGGUAAGGCUUCGGUGCCAGGGUUCUAUCAGGAAGCUCACAGUGUCAGACAGGUCGUGGCCACCAUUGUCGUCGAUCGGGUCAAUCUAUUGCAAGCCGACGCUGCUGAUUUGAUCAGAGACGCUUCGCUUAAUGAUCGGGUGGAGCUUAGGGUUCUCGGUGAGGUUGGAGCUAAGAUCCGAGUCUUGAACUUCGAUUCGCCUCGUGUUCAGGUAUCAGUGGAUUGUGCAAUAGUGAUUAGUCCAAGGAAGCAGUCUCUUACAUACAAGCAAUGUGGAUUUGAUGGGCUAAGCGUGUAGCACUCUCUUUUUCACUAACAAAAUUCUCUCUUUUUAUCUCCCUACCCACACUUACAACUGGGGAGAGAAAAGAAAAUUUAAACCAAAAAAAAAAAGAAAAGGGAAGGAUGUUUGGAAACAGCUCAACCCUUCACAUGGUUUGAAAAGCAAAUGAAGAAAUUUUCUAAAUAUUUUAGGGGAAUUUAAAAGGGCAAAAAAAAAAAAAAAAAAAAAGAAGAAGAAAAAAAGUGGGUCCCAAGAUUUUUGACUAUUUUUAAAUUGGUUCCUUCAGAAAGUUGCUGACUGCGUGUAAAGUGUAAAAACCAUGCUACACGCAAAUAUGCUCCACGCCCAUUCUUCAAUGUCCUUUUCCAUCAUCUUUCUGCCCUUGCCUUGUUUUCCUUUUUUCCUUUUUCUCUUUUUCAAUUUUUAGAUUUUAGUUUAGCUAUGUUUUUAUCUUCAAUGUUGGCUCUAAUAUUAUAUUAAAUUUUUCCAAUUUUAUCUUCCUUA